UUGGUUUUGGCAGACCUGGAGCAGCAACCGACAUUUUCUGCGUUGUCAUACGUCUGGGGCACAACGGCGGACGAGCCAUACACCAUCAUCUGCGACGAUAUCGUCCUCCCAAUUACCAAAAAUUGCCACUCACCUCUAGUCCAUCUAAGACGGAAAGCUGGUGCAAUCACUAUCUGGAUCGACGCGAUUUGCAUCAAUCAAAGGACGACAGGGAGAAAGAACAGCAGGUACCGCUCAUGGGGGAUAUCUAUUCUGGUGCCCACGAGGUCUAUGUUGGCUUGGAGAAGGAGACGCGUCUACAGAUAG